AAGUUCAACUGCAAGGAACUGAGAUUAUUAUUCUUACUUUAGAGCGAGAAAGAGAUCAUACAUAUGGCUGCAAGGUACAAUGUCGAUCCCCUAAUUCCCGCUGCAGAAUACUACAGUGGGUUGAUGCAAGCAUAUCUGGAUCAACUCCAAGUCGACCUGCGUCGUCAGCUUCAACAACAACGACCCCAAUCAACAGAAGACGAACCAAACCAGGCGGAGAACGGUCCUGUCCAACAAAUCAGUACCACUAUUAGUACUGAUGAUUCUGCAUCAUCCACCUUCAGUGAUGAUGAGGAGGCCUUCUUGAAGGAGCAUGACGAUGAGGCAGAUUAUUCAUCAGGAGAUUAUUCAGAGGGAGAUUAUUCAGAAGGAGAUUCUUCAGAAGGAGAUUAUUCAGAGGGAGAUUAUUCAGAAGGAGAUUCUUCAGAAGGAGAUUAUUCAGAUGGAUAUCCCUUCACUAGCCUGGUGGUCUCGGUUCUGGCAGAGUUAGGAAUUUAUCUUAGCGACGGCGAAUUAGAUGAAUUAGAUGACUAAUUAAUCUAAGUAAAAUUAUAGAUUAAUUAGUUAUAAUAAAUAGAUUAAUGAUAUUAUUUUUUUCUCUCAUUCAAUGAAAAAAUUUCAUUGCCAUUGUCUUUCAUGUAUGUACGUUUAAUUGAUUUCUUGUAACGAGAAGGAUUCUUGCAUAUAUGCACUUUAUAAUGAAAAUGAAUGAUUGGAGGUUUUGCUUCUUUUUAUCA